AGCGUAGGUAACUUUUUCUAAAUACUGCAUUAAGUUUCAAGCUUAUUAAUCUCAAAUAUGAUUAAAAGAUAGUUCAUCGGAUUAUGUCGGUCCGGUCCGGUCGGUCCAGACAAAUCAACGGGUCGGUUCGGACCGGACCGUUGUGAUUAAUGUGUCGGUCCGGGUGGGCCCACCUAGCUGACGGGUCGCAACGGGUCGGGUCGGUCCAUGAAAAGUUGGACCGUUGCGACCCCUGAUUCACACACAACGAGAACAUCAGUUUUCGAGCUUUUCCCAAUUUGUAAGAGGAUCCCACAGUAUAAAAGCUUUUGACCAUUAAACAAGGAGACCAUCAUGUCAGUUCAAUAUAUUUCUGAAGAACGUUUUCGCCCACCACAUUGCACCGAUCAAAAAUUCAAUUGCUGCCACAAUAAAAAUUUUUAUUACAACUCCGGGAAAAAUUGUCAAAUAACUGUGUAAUAGUUUAUCGAGAUCCAACAACCCGAAUAUGUAGUCAGUUUUUCGCUCGAGUUCCUAUUGGUCAGAAAAUCGGUCCCUGCCUAAGUCAAAAACUGUAAAGGUAGAUUUUUUAUGUCAACUCGGAGAUAAAUUCUGAGGCAACUUUGUAAUAGGUUAUCGAGGUCCAGCAACCCGAAUAUGAUUUUUAUUGAGAUCAAGCGUCAUUUGAUCAAAUAAUAAUGAUAAGUUCUACUUUAAAACUUAAGACAUGGUGAAAUAUUUGUUUCAAUUUAGCGCAAGGGUCACUUGAACAAAUGAUAAGGGUGAGUUCGGAUUUGAAAGUUACAAGCUGAUGAAUUUUUUUUUCUGUUUAGAUCUAGGCUCAGCUCUACAAAUACUAAUGGUAAGUUCCAUUUUUCUAAGUUACAACCUGAGGAAAUAUUUUAUUUAUAUUUAGAUCCCCUCUCAGAUGAAGAAAUACUAAUGGUGAAUUCGAUUUUGAAAGUUAAAUGCUGAUGAAUUAUUAUAUUUAUAUUUAGGUCAAGUGUAAGAUGAAUAAAUACUAAUGAUGAAUUCGAUUUUAAAAGUUACCACCUGAUAAAUCAUUUUAUUUCUUCUUAGAUCGAUUCUCGGACGAACCAAUAUUUAAUGAUGAGUUCCAUUUAGAAAGUUAAAAGCUGAUGACUUAAUUUUUUUUUUCUUUUUAGAUGAAACAUCCCACACCGAUCACUUCACCCACCGGAAUCUGGAGGAAUUGGCAGGAAAGAUGCCUGAAAGUCCCCGUAUUCUGUAGGGGAACACAUGGUGUCGGUGGAACAUGGAAAUAGUAUCCCGGUCGCGAACCUUCCUGAUUUUUCUAGUGACUUCCGACCAACUUGCGAUGCCAUUCGGCAAGUUGCGCCGGAAAUCAUUGAAAACAAUUUGCGAAAGUUGGCGGUCGGAAUACUGCUUCCAUGUUCCAGCGAUAUCUUGUGUUCUCCUACAGAAUACGGCGACUUUCAGACAUCUUUCCUGGUGGUUUCUACAAAACCCGGUUCUUUUUUUAGAGAAUGGGUGUGUUUUCCAGUGAAUAGUGGUGGAAAACUACUUCCAUAAUGCAUUGGUGGUGCAAUGGACUCAGCAUUUACUUUAACACUAGCUAAUAUUUUCAUGUGGAAAUGGGAGAAACAACUUGUUCACCGACUGGAAGUAUCCAAUGAAAUCUACGGCCGGUAUUUAACAUGGUUCAUAAAAGAAUAUAUUUUGACUAUUAUAUCUCAUUUUAGAUAUGUUGACGAUAUUUUCUUUACGUUGAACGAUUCACUCGAAUCUAUCGACCGAAUGUUAGAUGAAGCUAAUAACUUUCAUCCAAACAUUUAAAUAGUACGACAAAUCGGUAGAAGUGUUCCAUUUCUUGAUGUAUUCAUUCAGAACAACAGUAACGGAGCAUUAAAAACUUCAGUGUAUCAUAAAGCAGCAGCUGAGCCAUAUGUCGUACCAUUUGGAUCAGAUCAUCCUAGUCAUGUUUUCCGAAGCACUGUUGAUACUGCUAUUAUGAGAGCAGUUCAUUAUUCAACAACCUUAUCUCAAUUCGAAGAAGAAAUACAACAUAUGAAGCUCAUGUUUCUCUAUAAUGGACAGCCGAUGUAUUUAACACGAUCAUCAUCGAUACUCUAUGAAAUAUUAAAUAAAACUUUAAAUUAUUCAUUAAAGAAAAAAGAUGAAAAACAAUUUAUCAAUGUACGACUUCAACUAUUAGAUCAACAAUAUUGUUUAGAAAAUGAUCGACAAUUAUGGUAA